UUUAUCCCAGCUCAUAGGGAGAAGACAAUAGAGGGUGAUAUCAUCAAUGGAAACUGCAGAAAAGGAGAGAUACACUUACAGAAUGACGGCAGCAGACACCCGUCUGUCUCUGAUGAAGAGGAGAACUUUGCUGUGCUUAGACGGCAUGUGAUGAACGAGCUGCUGGAGACUGAGCGAGCCUAUGUGGAGGAGCUGCUGUGUGUGCUGGAGGGUUAUGGAGCAGAAAUGGACAAUCCUGCCAUGGCUCAUCUCAUCCCCAAUACACUGCUUCACAAGAAGGACAUCCUCUUUGGCAACAUGCCUGAGAUAUACCAGUUCCACAAGAAGACUUUUCUUCGUGAGCUGGAGGCAUACACAGACUAUCCUGAGCUUGUGGGCCGGUGUUUCUUAGAGAGAAUGACGGAUCUGCAGAUCUAUGAGAAGUACUGUCAGAACAAGCCUCGCUCUGAGUCUCUAUGGAGACAGUGCUCUGACUGCGCUUUCUUUCAGGUCCUCUUACUUUACAAGACACUAGAGAUGCUCUCAGACAUUACAUAUAAGCACAUAUUUCUUUCUGUAAUUUAA